UCAAAAAUGGAGAGGUUUUAGCCCUCGAAAAAGUCCACUCUCCUCCUCUCUCUCUCUCUCUCUCUCUCUCUCUCUCUCUCUCUCCACCACGAUCGCCAUGGCCUCUCUCUCCGCCCCCGUCGCCUCCUCCUACUCCUCCCAAUCCCGAUCCCGAUCCCGAUCGAUCCAUGAAACCCUUUCCCCUCGAUCUCCGCACUCCUCUCCCCUCGCCGCUCGAUACCUAGGGCGUAAACCCUCGCCAAUCGGGGGUGGUAGGAUCGCCGCCUCCGCUCCGACUCCUCGCUACGAGGUCGUGUGCAAGGCCGUCUCCGUGAAGCCCCCCACGGAGAUCGAGGGGCUCAACAUCGCCGAGGAUGUCACUCAGCUUAUUGGGAAGACACCAAUGGUAUACUUGAACAACAUUGUAAAGGGCUGUUCAGCAAAUAUUGCAGCAAAACUUGAGAUUAUGGAGCCUUGCUGUAGUGUGAAAGAUAGGAUAGGUUACAGUAUGAUAGCUGAUGCCGAAGAAAGGGGUGUUAUAACCCCUGGAAAGAGUAUAUUGGUGGAACCAACAAGUGGAAAUACCGGCAUUGGCCUUGCCUUUAUUGCAGCUGCUAAAGGCUACAAAUUGAUCCUAACAAUGCCUGCAUCGAUGAGUAUGGAAAGAAGAGUUCUAUUAAAAGCUUUUGGAGCAGAACUUGUGCUUACAGACUCCGCAAAAGGCAUGAAAGGAGCAGUUGAUAAGGCAGUAGAGAUUUUGAACAAGACGCCCAAUGCCUACAUGCUUCAACAGUUCGAAAACUCUGCAAAUCCAAAGAUACAUUAUCAAACUACUGGUCCAGAAAUCUGGGAAGAUACCAAAGGAAAGGUAGAUAUUUUUGUUGCUGGGAUUGGAACUGGUGGAACAAUAACUGGUGUUGGGCGUUUUCUGAAGAAACAAAAUCCUAACAUUAAGAUUAUCGGCAUCGAGCCUUCUGAAAGCAAUAUACUCUCGGGCGGGAAGCCUGGUCCACACAAGAUUCAAGGCAUCGGGGCAGGCUUUGUGCCAAGGAACUUAGAUCUUGAAGUACUUGAUGAAGUUAUUGAGAUAUCGAGUGAUGAGGCUGUAGAGACAGCGAAGCAAUUGGCUCUUCAGGAAGGCUUGCUGGUUGGAAUUUCUUCAGGGGCGGCAGCAGCAGCUGCUAUGAAGGUUGGAAAGAGACCUGAAAAUGCCGGGAAACUAAUUGCGGUUGUGUUUCCGAGCUUUGGUGAGAGGUACCUUUCCUCUGUCCUCUUUCAGUCGAUACGUGAUGAAUGCGAGAAGAUGCAACCCGAGCCAUGAUACUUGCUUUCCCAUACAAUUCCGCACGGAAUCUGUCCUCCAGAUUUUCCAUUUUUCCGCAAAUGUAAUUGAAUGCAACCACUGCUUGUUCAAUAAAUAAAAAGUCUGGCAGAUCGUCUGUUUGUGAUCUUUAACCCAGUUGCUGUGAUAACUUUUAAAAGAAAAAUCAUGAUGAAACUAAUAUUAAACCAUUGUGUCCCUCUUUUCGAGGAAGCA